CGUCAGACUACACAUAUACUAACUAUACUUCCUUCGCUCAACCAGAGCUCAGACCCGUGCACAGGCCAUUCACCUCGACAUCCGCCCAAAGCUAGAGCAGAGCAGCCCCCGUGACGACGACAUCUGCCCGCGCCGCCCGCUGACGCGCGAGAGACAGCCCGUCGCAUCCAAGUCAACUUACAGCCCCCAGCCCUUCGGCAGCGACCGACAACGUCUCAAUCAGCCACGUACUAGCAGGACCAGCCAGGUCAAUCGCUGCGUCCACGACAUAUAUAUCUAGUUCCGAACCCGCAACGUUACUCCUAUUGCCUCUCGACCCCCGGUAUCAACGCGCCUUGAUUUGCCUCGCGCCCCUUGCCGCCAAAGCGCCAGAACCUCGACAUGGCCGCCCCUAAUACCAUGCAUAACCUUACGACGCUCAUCAAGCGUCUCGAGGCCGCCACGUCUCGCCUCGAGGACAUUGCUACCACUACGGAACUCCCAAAGGACAUACCUGCGCUCAAUCUUGGCCAAUCUGUCGCGGCCCCUCCAGACGCCUCGACCGUUUCCAGCCCCCCGACGCAUCCGAAACUACCCCCUGCCGAAAAUGUUCCCGAAGUCGUCGAAGAAUUCGACGCACUUCUGGCGUCGUCUGUCGACGCGUACGUGAAGCUGAGCAACGAGAUAGGCGGCAUCGUCGCGCAACAGGCCAGUGUUGUACUUCGCGGCUUCCAGGAAGAGCGCAAGUUCCUACUUCUCACGACAAAGGCACUCAAGCCAGAGCUUCCCCUGUACCAGACGCUACUGAAGCCGAUUAACGAUGUCCUCAUCAGCGUCGGCGAGCUCAAGGAUUCGAACCGGCCGGAUCCCAUGUACACGCAGCUGAGUACUGUGGCUGAUGGCAUCAUGAUGCUGGCAUGGGUAACUGUUGAAAGUCGCCCAUACAAACAUGUGGAAGAGUGUCUCGGCUCUGCGCAAUUUUUUGGAAAUCGGGUGCUCAAGGAGCAAAAAGACAGAGACCACAAGCAGGUGGAAUGGGUUCAGUCCUUUUACCAGCUCUUCCGAGAUCUCGCAGAGUAUGUGAAACAAUUCUACCCGUCGGGCAUCACAUGGAACCCCCAUGGCCAGCCCGCAGACGAAGUCGCCAAAGCUCUCUCCGGAGAAAAGUCCCAACCGGCUGCGGAACAUCCCGGCGGCCUCCCGCCCCCUCCCCCCCCUCCCCCCCCUCCGCCCCCAGGGCCGGCGCCAGUUUUGGAUGUGAAGACAGAGACACCACUUGCUACUGCCUCUCCUAGUGGACUCGGCGCUGUCUUCUCCGAACUCAACAAGGGCGCAGCGGUUACCAAGGGCCUCCGCAAGGUCGACAAGUCAGAAAUGACGCACAAGAAUCCCUCGCUGCGUGCUGGGUCGGCCGUAAGCGACAGAGCCAAGAGCCCGGCGCCAGGCAAGAAGCCGAAGCCGGAGAGCAUGCGUGUCAAGAAGCCAGCCAAGAAAGAAUUAGAGGGAAACAAGUGGACUCUGGAAAACUAUGACAAAGAACCCGAGCCCAUCGGGAUCGAGGUUUCCCUGAGCCAGUCUGUUCUCAUCAGCCGCUGCAACAACACCACCGUCAUCCUCAAGGGCAAGGCAAACCAGGUGACGGUUGAGAACUCGUCUCGGUUGUCGCUUGUUGUCGACACCCUGGUCUCAACCGUGGAUGUUGUGAAGGCGCAGAAUUUUGCACUUCAAGUCUUCGGCACCAUCCCUACUGUCAUGCUGGACCAGGUUGAUGGUGCUCAGAUCUACCUGAGCAAGGAGAGCACCGGAACCAAACUUUUCACCAGCAAAUCCGACGGCGUCAACCUGAACGUCACAUCGGGCGCCGGCGACGACUACAAGGAGGUUCCACUCCCCUCACAAAUAUGCUCAUACUUCGACGAGGACAAGGGUGCUUUGGUGAGUGAGAUUGUUGCUCACUCUGGAUAGGCUAAGCAAGCACGCCGCGCUUCCGUCUUCCGAUCGAGAGUCAUAGGCGCGCGAUAGCCACAUGAAGGCGUAUUGUGAAGCGGAAGGUCUGAUCCAUGGCCCCAGUCAAUUCAUUGUGAUCAGGGUGUCCGUCACAUGCGCCGAUGGCUCGGAGAAGUCGCCGCUUCGGAAAGAAAUCUCACCGCAGAAGUCAGAGAGAGCACGGAGAGCCCUCCACCCUUUUCACUUCUUGGUUCUUUUCCCGUUUGGGUGCCAUGUAACGACUGUCCGUGGAUGCCAUAGCCGGCUGGAUAGAGACCUUGGCUCGUGCCAUGCAUAUAUGUUCGUGUCAUUAGAUGAUAUCUCUUCGGCAUUAGCGCGACAGAUAUCUUGACGCAGACCUGUCUAUUCUACCUAAUUGCUGCUCUAUGCCUUGACGCGACUUGCAACAUGGGCCAAAUCUUCUUCUAUCUCUUUUAUCUUGGCUUGAUCUGCUCACGAGCCACCGUGUAAACGGUCCUCCCGGAUGCGCAGAAUUUAUAGUCAUACAUACACACAAUUGAGAG